UGUGUAACAGCCACCUGUCAGAGCCAGAAAGACACCCGACGACGGAGACAGAGAGAGACUACCGUAGGCCAGGCCACAGGGUCCAGCUCCAGCCUACCUUUGCACCACAGCCACCCAGCAGAGCCAGAAAGACACCCGACGACGGAGACAGAGAGAGACUACCGUAGGCCAGGCCACAGGGUCCAGGUCCAUCUUAUUUGUGUAACAGCCACCUGUCAGAGCCAGAAAGACACCCGACGACGGAGACAGACAGAGAGACUACCGUAGGCCAGGCAACAGGGUCCAGGUCCAUCUUAUUUGUGUAACAGCCACCUGUCAGAGCCAGAAUAGGACUACCGUGGGCCAGCCAUCAGCCAGGUGUGUAUGUAUGAUGGUGCUGCACCGGGUGAUCCAGGCAGCCCGUGCCGGCGAUCUCUCAGCCCUGAGGAAGCUGUCCUCCUCUGGGUGCCUCACGGUCUCAGCCUCCAUCACAGACGCCCAGGGGGCAGGCCCGGUGCACCACGCCGCUCGCUGCGGCCGCCUGGAAUGCGUGCGCUACCUGGUGGUGGAGGUGGGGCUGGCGGCCGACGCCCGGGCCCUGAACAGAGCCACGCCCGCCCACGACGCUGCUGCUACAGGCCACGCCCGGGAACUGCAGUGGCUAGUGGACCAAGGGGGCUGCAAUGUAGAGGACCAGGAUGCAGCCGGGGCGACAGCACUCCAUCUCGCAGCUCGGUUCGGACGGGUGGAGGUCGUCCAUUGGCUGCUGUUGGUUGGUAGCGUCGCCGAGGAGACGACGGACUGUGGGGCCGUCCCCGCCCAUUACGCUGCUGCCAAGGGAGACCUCACCUGUCUGAAACUACUGGUCCACCAUGCACCUGGGUGUGUGAACCGUCAGACUGGCAUCGGUGCCACCCCUCUGUACCUGGCAUGUCAGGAGGGUCACCUGCACGUAGUGGAGUACCUGGUGAAGGACUGCGGGUCAGACGUCCACCUCAGGGCCCAUGAUGGCAUGACCGGCCUGCACGCUGCUGCACACAUGGGGCACCAUGCCCUGGUCAUCUGGCUGGCCACCUUCACAGACCUUAGCCUGCAGUGCCAGGACAGGGAGGGAGCGACUGCUCUUCACUUUGCGGCCAGUGGAGGGCACCAUCGCAUCCUGGAGAGGCUGCUCCGCAUGGGGGCAAAGGUCAUCAGAGACGACUGGGGGGGAACCCCUCUUCAUGAUGCUGCUGAGAAUGGAGAGCUGGAGUGCUGCAGGAUCCUGUUAGCCAAUCAGGUGAGCCCAUCGGAGCAGGACAUAGAUGGGUUCACAGCAGCAGACCUUGCGGAGUACAACGGACACUACGACUGUGCCGGCUACCUCCGAGCCGUGGAGACAUGCCCCUUCUCAGCAGACCAGCCAAUAGAAGAACUAGGUCCGGUAGAGGAGGAUGUGAGGGGGAGACAGGCUGUGGCGUGGCAGCCCAGUAAAGAGGACUACUACCGUCGCCUUAGCGACCCCGGCCGGGACUACUUCCACAAUAACAACAAAACAAAUAUGGAGAGCUUAAAGCAACCAGAGACAGAGGAGUACCCUCAGGCUCAAUACCCUGCUCCUCUGCCUGAACCCACCUCAUCCUCCUCUCAACCACAACCAUCUGCCAUCUCCAGUGUACAACAUGUUAUAGUGGCAUCAACAGUUGUGAAAACUUUAACUCAAAGCAGCGAGGAGGUGAACACUGUCCAUCUGACCAAGGUUUCAGACAAAAACCUCCUGGCUAGUACAAUCAACGGCGUCAAAGGGCUCCUGACAGAAAUGAAACCAUCAGAGCUAGUAUCAACACGAGCAAAUAAGAUAGUAGUGGAAGAGAUGACUGUUGAUCUCACCAAAGUUCAGCUGGGUGGAAAGAAGCUCCUUUGUGAAUUGAAAUCCUCACCAACUGCAGUAAGUAAGAUGGUGUCGUUUUCCACAGAAGAGGUCAAACCUUCUGAACAGUCUUCUGUUGAUCCGACCCAAAAUGUCCUUGGGAUCGGUGGAAAAAAACUCCUCUGUGAAAUCAAGUCUCCAGAAGCUUCAACAAAUGCUAGUAAAAUGGUGGUGAGACAUACAUUUUCGGCAGACGGAAUCAGUCAGAACAAACCUUCUGAAGAAGGUAAGAUACUGGUAAAGGCUGAGGUAAAAACUGUUGAUCUGGCGAAGGCUUCUGACAAGAAUCUCCUGGCUGGCAAAAACCUGCUCGGUGACAAAAAGUUCCUCGACAACAUGAAAUCCAUCACAUCUCUGAAACAGACAGAAAUAUCCACAGUAGCUGUAGCACAAGCAAACAGGAUGGUAGUUCUGCCCACGGAAGAGGCCAACCUAUCAGAUAUUGACUAUCUGGUUCCCACCCAUGACGAGCGGGGUCGGCCAAUCGCUGAGUGGAAGAGACAGGUCAUGGUGCGUCAGCUACAGGCCAGGCUAUUGGACGAGGAGGACCAGAGGAGGAAGGAGAAUGGGAACUGCACUUCCAAAGCGGUGAACUGGAGGUACUCACAGGCCCACAAUGCUAUCCUGGGCCCGUUUGGAGAGCUGCUGACCGAGGACGACCUGAUUUACCUGGAGAAGCAGAUCCAGAGCGUGUCCAACCAGAAAAACUGUGAAGGCUAUGAGACAGAGCUAGCUCGCCUGGCUGAGGAGCUCAGGACCAUCCUGCCAGCUCCCAUCGUCAACAUCACAGCCAGCACUCAGUUCAGAAACCCAAACCAGGAGUCUCAGGUCCCUCUGCCCGUGUGGUGCAACCGCAUCUCAGGCAUCGUAAAGAGCAUGUCACUGCUGAUGGCCAACCUGGCAGACGGCCCGUACUCUAAGAUGCCCAACACAGAGCUAUCCACUGUGUUCUCCCAGAGCCCAGACAGACCCACCUCUACCCGAGGGCGCAGGGAGAAGAUAGAGUCCGAGAUCCAACAGUUUGGGGUGUCUGUCCGGAAUCUGAAGUCCAACUUUGAAGGUCACGAACAAGAAACAGAAGAAGAGGUCCACACGAUGUCAGCCACACAGGAGGAAGGCCUGGGGUCAGAGGUCAGAGGAACACAGGAACAGCCCAAAGAGAUGAACCCAGCCCCCGAAGCUGACCGGAACAGUGACUCAGGCAUAGCCUGCGAUGACGACAUGACCGACGUUAGGGAAACCACCAGUCUACGGAAGGAACGUAUCGUGGUGCUGUUCCUGGGCCACUGGAAGAAGUCCGCCUACACGGUGACCCUGAAGACCAGAGAGGCCGAGAGGAGAGCCAGUGUGGAGGAGGUUGGUGGUAAACCUGGUGGGACAGAUGGCAGGGGACCACAGAAGGGAUCUCAGAUGCCUCUGGGACAUUUCUUCAAACAGAGGAGUGUCAUCAACAAGAUGAUUGGUGAUUGGAGGAGCAUGAUCUCCAGCGUUCCGUCUCGUCAGAUCCGCCGUCUCCACCGGCAGCAGGCACCAUACUCCCCUGAACAGUUCCUCCCCAAGGUGGACGGGGCGAUGGUGGACUAUGACAGUCUGACCCUUGACCUCUUUAUGCUGGGGUACUUCCACAUCCUGGAACUCGAACUCCCCGCGGACGAGAGGAAGAUGAGACACCUGCUGUGCUUUGAGGUGUUUGACCACGUUGGUCGUUUCACCUGGGAGAGCAUCCGGGAGUUCCACAAGGCCGUCAUGAUGGACAUCGAGGCCGGGAACCGUGAGUGGAAGGACGGCUUCGAGGACAUUAAGGCCAAGUUCUUUGGGAACGUGUCAACGACUCAGUGUGAACUGCCAGAGGUAGAGAAACAACAGUUUCCACCAGAGGUCAGGCCUGUGCCCAUAGUCAUCCUCCAAACCCCGACACCAGAUGAAGGGGCUCUGAUUAAACAAGGAACAGACAUAUCCAGUUUCAGCAAUGAUGAGAUUUGCAAAUACAUAGACAGGAGUUUCACUUUCUGGAAAGACAAGGAGGCAGAGAUUUUUGAUUUUGAGUAGUAGUUGUUUUCACUUUACCUUAUUUUUAAAAAUAUUUUUUUAAUUGGUAGUCUUCCGAAGUCAAGUUAUAGUUAUGUAGUCUGCUAAUAUCAAGUUAUAGUAAGGGAUGGGUGUACUGUAAGUGCAUUUUAUUUUGAGUGUGAAUACCUUUGUGUUCUUUGUGAAUAGUUGUAACAGCUCUUAUUAUUUAAAGAGAAAAGUAAGCCUACAGUAAACUUUCCAACCUUAGAAACAGGUCAUCAGAUGUAUAGUACUAUAACAAUAAAGAAGCAUAAAGGA